AUGUCGAAGCUCUCCAAGUCGGCCACAUUCCACGACUUCUGUGCAUCUCCUUCGUCACACAAUGCUGCCAUGCAUGAAGCAGCGAUUCGGGAGACUGAGGCCGACCACGCCGACGGCACCGAUGCCGACGACGACAAUGAGGAAGAACGACCGCCGCCGAUUCGACGUAACCACGUCACCAAAUCAGCCUCAGCCACGUCGUCGUUUGCCAACUGGCUCAGCCUCUUUAUGUCGAAAAAACGCACUCACAGGUCGUUCAUCCGACCAUCGAUGUCAUUGUCAGUUGUGCAAGAAUCGCCGGCUCUUGGCUCAGACGGCGAAAGUGUCGAGGUCUCACCGUGCACGUCAGACCAAACUCCUACGGGUGUCCCACCACGGUAUAUCGUCAAUGUGAAGAUGCGUCAGAAACCGUCCAGAAAAUGGAGCGAGGAGGAAAUCCAAAAACGGUUAUCGCUGCCGGCCGACUUGCGACUUCCUGUGAGCGUUGUCGAGAAGUUGAAUCGAACACCAACGCUCGACCAGCCGUUGACGAGGAAAAAUCGACGAGCUUCUCUGAGCGAAAUUGGCUUCGGCAAGUUGGAAACGUACGAGAAGUUGGACAAACUGGGGGAAGGCACUUAUGCGACCGUCUACCGAGGACGUUCACUGCUCACGAAUAACUUCGUCGCACUCAAGGUAAAAUAUGUUCGGGACUUCCCCGCAUUUCCCCCUCUU